GGGGGCUGAAGGGAGGGGUUUUUGCAGGGGUCCAGAGGAAGGAGGGGGGUCUGCCCUGAGCAGCAGGAGGAUUUCAGCUGGGGUGGGGGGAGGGUUUGGGGUACCUCCUCCCUCCUGGGGGUCCUUGAAGGAAGGUUGGGGGUCUCUGUUGACUCUGGCUCAGCAGCUGGCAGACUCUCUUUUCGGGGGGGGCUCUCUCCCCCCAGAAAAUCAAGCUAUUGGCUUAAUCUGUUUCAUGAAAUGUAUAUGCCACUCGAUUCCUUUUGUAAUUGAUGCUUUACUGAAAGGUUUUCAGUAAAGGGAAGUUUUUAAUGUUUGACGUUUUAUCGUGGUUUUGAUAUUCUGUUGGGAGCCGCCCAGAGUGGCUGGGGAAAGCCAGCCAGAUGGGCGGGGUAAGAAUAAUAAUAGUAAUAAUGGAUAAAAGAAUAAUUGAGAGAGAGAGGGAGGAAAGAAAAGAGUGUGGAAAAAGAAAGAGAGAAAAGGGCAGUGUAAUAAAUCCCUUUCCUUUCUAUAGAUUAUUCUAGAGAUACAGGUGAUAUUAUUAUCCUAAUCCAGGUAUGGUCACUAAUAACCCAUUCGAUUCUGUAUAAGCUCGUUUCAGAUAUCAAUAUAUUUGUCCAAAGAAAGUUGACUCCUCUAGGCAGAUGGUUCAAGCUUUGAAGUCCCACGUCAGCCGUUUAAAAAACCCUCAGAGCCGUUUUCCAAAGAGAAGAAUGACCAGGCGGGAGGCUUCCUAAAAGUCGAAAUUACCUAGAAACAGAAUCAAAACUUGUCGCAGCUUUUUGAGCGUCUGUCCAGGCCUGUUCUUAGCAGGCGCUGAAAAGAGUGCAGGAAAGGCGCCUCGAGAUCCUUUGGCAGGGAGUUCCAAAGGUUAUAGGUGCUGCCACCCUGGGCACCCGUAAGAGUGCCACCUCUGCCGAUUGAAGCGGCCAAGCGGGCAGGUCUGGGGCAAGGUGAUUUUGCGGGGAAACUGGUGCCAGGUUGUUGAGGGAAAGGAGGUUCCCGCCAGCCCCAACAAGUCCUUUGGCCGCAGAGUGCGGUGCCAGAGGAGAGCUGCCUCCUUGGCGCCUGAGGCGGGCGCCGUGCCCGCCUGUGAGCCUGCCUCUCUCACAGCUCAGAUGCCGAGGAACCCGCCGGCACGGAGGCGCCCAGCAUGGCCGAGGCGGGCUCCCCCGGGAGGGUGCUCUCCAAGUCCCAGCCCGGGCACCGCAGCUACAACCUCAACGAGCGCCGGCGCAUCGGCAGCAUGACGGGCAUCGAACAGACCCGCUACCCCAAGGUGCCCACCGAUGAGUCCGAGGCCCAGACCCUGGCCUCUGCCGACCUGGACUUCAUGAAAAGCCACAGGUUCGAGGACGUCCCCGGGGUGCGGCGCCACCUGGUCCGGAAGAGCGCCAAAGGCCAGGUGGUCCACAUUGGCAAGGACCGCAAAGAGCCCAGCGCCCGGCAGAAGAAGCACGACCGGCAGCCCCACGAGGUCUUUGUGGAGCUGAACGAGCUGAUUGUGGACAAGAACCAGGAGAUGCAGUGGAAAGAGACGGCUCGCUGGAUCAAGUUUGAGGAGGAUGUGGAAGAGGAGACCGAUCGCUGGGGGAAGCCGCACGUGGCCUCGCUCUCCUUCCGGAGCCUCCUGGAGCUGCGCAGGACCUUGGCUCACGGGGCCGUCCUCCUGGACCUCGGCCAGAGGACCCUGCCAGGGGUGGCACACCAAGUAGUGGAACAGAUGAUCAUUUCGGACCAGAUCCGAGCGGAGGACCGCGCCAACGUUCUGCGAGCGCUGCUCCUCAAGCACAGCCACCCCUCGGACGAGAAGGAGUUCUCCUUCCCCCGCAACAUCUCGGCCGGCUCCCUGGGCUCCCUGCUGGGCCACCACCACAGUGCCAACCACGUCGGCGAGGGGGCCGAGCCCACCGUGACUGACCCCCUCAUCGGGGGCCACACCGGGGAGCACGAGACCCGGGUGGACAUCGAGAAGGAGCGCGAAGUGGCGUCCCCCACACUCCCCGGCCCCAUCACGAGGUCCAAGUCGAAGCACGAGCUGAAGUUGUUGGAGAAGAUUCCAGACAACGCAGAGGCCACGGUGGUGCUUGUGGGCAGCGUGGAGUUCCUGGACCAGCCCACCAUGGCCUUUGUGCGGCUGCAGGAGGCGGCCCUGAUGGACUCGGUCCUGGAGGUGCCCGUCCCGGUGCGCUUCCUCUUUGUCCUGCUGGGGCCCAGCAGCGCCAACAUGGACUACCACGAGAUCGGGCGCUCCAUCUCCACCCUCAUGUCCGACAAGCAAUUCCACGAGGCGGCCUACCUGGCCGACGACCGCCAGGACCUGCUCCACGCCAUCAACGAGUUCCUGGACUGCAGCGUGGUGCUUCCUCCCUCGGAGGUGCAGGGCGAGGAGCUGCUGCGGAGCGUGGCCCACUUCCAGCGGGAGAUGCUGCGGCGGAGGGAGGAGCAGGAGCGGCGUCUCCUCCUGGGGGCCACCAUGGAGCCCAAGUCCCCCGAGGAGAAAGCGCUGCUGAAGGUGGUGGAGGAGGAGGAGGAGCCGGACCCCCUCCGGCGAACGGGGCGGCCUUUCGGGGGUUUGGUCCAGGACGUCUGCCGCCGUUACCCCAAAUACCUGAGUGACUUCCGGGACGCCCUGGACGCCCAGUGUCUGGCUGCCAUCAUCUUCAUUUACUUUGCUGCCCUGUCGCCGGCCAUCACCUUUGGGGGGCUGCUGGGUGAGAAGACGCAGGGGCUGAUUGGGGUCUCGGAGCUGAUCAUCUCCACCUCGGUCCAAGGCAUCUUCUUCUGCCUGCUGGGCGCCCAGCCCCUCCUGGUCAUCGGCUUCUCAGGCCCCCUCCUCGUUUUUGAGGAGGCCUUUUUCAUGUUCUGCACCUCGCAGGGCCUGGACUACCUGGUGGGUCGCGUCUGGAUCGGAUUCUGGCUCAUCCUGAUUGUGCUGGUCAUGGUGGCGUUUGAGGGCAGCUUCCUGGUGCGCUACGUCUCCCGCUUCACCCAGGAAAUCUUCGCCUUCCUCAUCUCCCUCAUCUUCAUCUACGAGACCUUCUUCAAGCUCAUCAAGAUCUUCCAGGAGCACCCGCUCAACAGCUGCACAAAAGCCAACGGCACUGGCGACAUCAGCCUGGACGGCAAUACCACCCUGGUCUUGGGCAACGGGACGUCCGUCCGCUCCGCUGCCAAAGUGACCGGCCAGCCCAACACGGCCCUCCUCUCGCUAGUCCUCAUGGCCGGCACCUUCUUCAUCGCCUUCUUCCUGCGCAAGUUUAAGAACAGCCGCUUCUUCCCCGGACGGGUCCGGCGUGUGAUUGGAGAUUUCGGGGUGCCCAUCGCUAUCCUCAUCAUGGUGCUGGUAGACUACAGCAUCCAGGACACCUACACACAGAAACUUUCUGUGCCCCACGGCUUCUCGGUCACGGACCCCCAGAAGCGAGGCUGGGUGAUCAACCCCCUGGGCGAGACUCAGGCCUUCCCCAUCUGGAUGAUGGUGGCCAGUGUCCUGCCGGCCGUCCUGGUCUUCAUCCUCAUCUUCAUGGAGACACAAAUCACGACGCUGAUCAUCAGCAAGAAGGAGCGGAAGCUACAGAAGGGCUCCGGCUUCCACCUGGACCUGCUCCUCAUUGUGGCCAUGGGGGGCUUCUGCGCCCUCUUUGGGCUGCCCUGGCUGGCAGCUGCCACCGUGCGCUCCGUCACCCACGCCAACGCCCUCACGGUCAUGAGCAAGGCCGUGGCCCCCGGGGACAAGCCCAAGAUCCAGGAGGUCAAGGAGCAGCGCGUCACCGGGCUGGUGGUGGCCGUGCUCGUGGGCCUGUCGAUUGUGAUUGGCGACCUUCUGCGCAAGAUCCCCCUGGCCGUCCUCUUUGGGAUCUUCCUCUACAUGGGCGUCACCUCUCUGAACGGGAUCCAGUUCUACGAGCGACUCCACCUGCUGCUCAUGCCCCCCAAGCACCACCCAGAUGUCACCUAUGUCAAAAAGGUGCGGACCCUGAGGAUGCACCUCUUCACGCUCCUGCAGCUGGCCUGCCUGGCGGUGCUGUGGGCCGUCAUGUCCACGGUGGCCUCGCUGGCCUUCCCCUUCAUCCUCAUCCUGACGGUCCCCCUCCGCAUGUGCCUGCUCAGCCGCAUCUUCACCGAGAGGGAGAUGAAGUGUCUGGACGCAGACGAGGCCGAGCCCAUCCUGGACGAGAGGGAAGGGGUGGACGAGUACAACGAGAUGCCCAUGCCCGUGUGAGGUGGGCAGGAUGGGCGGAGACCCGCAGGGCAGCAGCCGGAAAGGGUCCUGGAGAUGGCACCCCCCAGUGCCUUGACCACCCACCCCCCACCCCCAGUGCCUUCUUGCCCGCAUCCCUCAGCUGCCUCUGGGGGGGCGCUCAGCACACUCACAACACCCCUGAGGCACCCUCCACACCCCUUUGCUUCCUUGUGCCUGCCUUAGAGGGGGGGGCGUGCCCCACCCUCGCCCCCAAAGACAAUCACCCUCCAGCCCCGUCGAAUCUCAGCACGGCUUUCUUAAGGCAGGGCGUCCGGCAAGGGCCGUGGGGCUGGGGCUCUCCCCUCCCUGGGAGCCUCUCCAAGCGGCGCAGCCACCCCAGCCGUGCCCAGCCAAAGGCCAAGGAAGAGGUGCCCCCAGGAAAGCGGGGCUGGGCACCCCCCCCCCAGGAGGAAGUGAGUGGGGCAGGUCCAUAGGGCCGCGCUGGAGGCAGGACAAUGCGUUGUGGGGAGGCUGGGGGGCGGCGGCGGAAGGGAGCCCUCUGCCCCAUUCCUUGCUGAACGAUGGAAUCAAAUAAAGCAAGAGAAGGAAGUC